CUCAUGGGCUAUUAUUCUCCUUAAUACUUUGAUUUGAUGCGUUGCCAACUGCUAACCUCGUCUCUUCAACCGAGUUCUAUUUCCGGUGGGUACAGGGAGGGAAGUAACUUCUUGUGUUGAGUUUGGUGAUAUUUGAGAUGAUCCAUUUGAGCAGUUCUUUCUGGCUUGAGGGCUUCUUCUUUUUUAUUGGAACUAUUUUGAUGUGAGACGCAUUGCAGCUCAAAUGGUAAUAUAGAUGGCACUAAUUUUUUCAAGAAAAAUCCCAUUGAGCUAUGCAUUUGGAGUCUUUGUGCCUUCAGCUAUUCAGAAGACUGCCUUGAUUGCAGAUCACAGUGGAGAAUUUUUUUCCAAAAGAGUCUUUGGACAAUAUCAGCUUGUAGCUCUCCAACAUUUUUCGAGUGGUAGUGUUAGUCAGCCUGGAAGGAUAUGUUGGAGAGGUUCCUCUAAUGUUGUUCUUUUGAGGAAGCUUGAAAUUGCAUUGCGGGAGCAUCAAGUAGAUGAAGCUUGGGUAACUUUUAUUGACUUCAAGAAACUAUAUGGCUUUCCUGCGGGUUCCAUGGUGAACAUGUUAAUUUCUCGACUUUCCUAUUCAUCAGACCACCACUGGUUGCAAAAAGCGUGUGAUUUGGUCUUCUUAAUAUUGAAAGAAAAGCCUGGUUUGCUUCAGUUUCCAGUCCUGACAAAGCUCUCAAUCUCCUUAGCUAGAGCACAGAUGCCUGUUCCUGCCUCUAUGAUUCUAAGGGUGAUGCUAGAGAGGGAGAAUAUGCCCCCACUAACUAUACUAUGGUCAGUGGUUUCACACAUGGUGAAGACGGAGAUUGGAGCAUGUCUAGCAUCAAAUUUCUUGGUUCAGAUGUGUGAUUGUUUUCUACAUUUAAGCGCAAAAGGAAGUGUUCGUGCCAAAGUGGUAAAACCUGAUGCAAUGAUAUUCAACCUUGUUCUUGAUGCUUGUGUGAAGUUCAAAUCAUCUCUUAAAGGCCAAGAAAUAGUUGAGUUGAUGUCAAAGGUGGGUGUUAUUGCUGAUGCACACUCGGUCAUUAUUUUUUCCCAGAUCCAUGAAAUGAAUGGUCAAAGGGAUGAGAUCAAGAAAUUGAAGGAUCAUGUUGAUGAAGUGGGUUCUCCUUUUAUUGGUUAUUAUUGUCAGUUCUACGAUAGCUUGUUGAAAUUGCACUUUAAAUUCGAUGACAUCGAUUCUGCUGCACAGCUUUUGUUGGAUAUGCAUAAAUUCCAGGAGUCUGUUCCCUAUAAAAAACUUAGGAUGGACCAAGAAAAGCGUCUCCUUGUUCCAAUUGGAUCUAGCAAUCUCAAGACUGGCUUGAAGAUACAGGUUAUGCCAGAGUUAUUGCAGAAGGAUUCUAUCCUCAGAGUGAAACAUAAACAAGAGCUUGUAAUGUUUAGGAGUGGAAAGCUUCUCCUUAGUAACAGAGCCCUGGCAAAGCUUGUAAAUGGAUACAGAAGACAUGGGAGAACUACUGAUCUUUCAAAGCUUUUACUUUGCAUGCAACAGGACUUCCAUGUGCUUGGCCAGUCCAAUUUUUGCUCUGAUGUGAUUGAUGCUUGCAUUCGCUUAGGUUGGCUGGAAAUGGCCCAUGACAUCUUGGAUGACAUGGAUGCAGCUGGGGCUCCCAUAGGCUCUACCCUGCAUAUGGCACUCUUAACAGCAUAUUAUUGUAGAGAGAUGUUCAAAGAAGCAAAGGCACUGCUACGAAAAAUGAGGAAGGCUGGUUUUGUUGUAAAUUUGUCUGAUGAGAUGGUUGUCACUGCUUGUCUUUCAGAAGCAGCUAAUAAUGCAUCAUCUUCGUCUAGUAAAUCAGAUCUGAUAGACUUUUUAGUCCGAGAAAUGAGAGAGGAAGAGAAGGCCAUUCCUUCCGUGGUUUAUGAAUUAAAUUCUUCCAUUUACUACUUUUGCAAGGCCAAAAUGAUGGAGGAUGCAUUGAAGACGUAUAAAAGAAUGCAACACAUGAAAAUCCAACCAACAGUGCAAACUUUUUCUUAUCUGAUCGAUGGGUUUUCUUCUUUGGGUAUGUAUCGAGAUAUCACAAUCUUGUGGGGGGAUAUCAAGAGGAACGUGGGUAGCAAGGACUUAGAGGUGAGUAGGGAUCUCUAUGAGGUUUUGCAUUUGAACUUUCUCCGAGGAGGUUAUUUUGAGAGAGCAAUGGAGGUCAUUGGUUAUAUGAAAGAGCGUAAUAUGUACUGCGACAAGUGGAUGUACAAAGAUGAGUUCUUGAAGCUUCAUAAGAAUCUAUAUCGGAGUUUAAAAGCAUCAGAGGCAAGAACAGAGGCUCAAAGCAAGAGGCUUGAGCAUGUCAAGGCAUUUAGGAAAUGGGUUGGCAUUGAUUGAUAUCUAUAUUAAGUUUUCAAGUGCAUAGGGCAUCCAUUAAUCAAUGUCUUUGGUUGGCCUUGCAAAGCUGAAGCUUUGUCUUGCAUGAGUUUUGAUCCAUGGCAGCUGAAUGUGAAUGCUAUUUGCAUAAAUGAUGGCACUGCAAGUGAAUUCUGGGUCUAAUCGACCUGAUGUUUUACACAAGUCAUAAUCCAAAUUUUUUUUUAAAAAAAAUUAUAUUUGUAGACC